AUGAAGACACUCUCAUUUUUACGAAAGUCGGUUAAAAAGACAGAUUUCUUCCCUCAGCAAGUUAGUUUGACAUAUAAAGGGAACUCUAGCUUCCAAACGUUUUAUGGAGGAGUUGUGAGUCUUGCUAUUAUAAUCAUGAUUAUUUCAUACUCUAUCAGGUUGCUUAUGGUUAUGUUUCAGAGACAGCAGACAAAUAAAACCUUGAAUACAAUUAUUAACGAUAUCCAAAAUGAUCCCCCUACAUAUGAAAUCAAUAAAGACAAUUUUGGGUUUGUGUUUACGACUCAGGAUUCUAUCACAAAUAAUAGGACUUAUGAUCCCAGCUACAUAUCGGUUUCAGUUACCCAAAAUAUUGAUUAUUACGACCAAGAAACAGGACAGAGGACUUACACAAGCUAUGACAGGGACUUUGAUACAUGAGGAGAAGACUUCCCAACUAUUGAUCAGAAAUUUGAAGAUCUCAGAGAUGCCCUCAAAGAUGAGCACCAAUGUCUAGACAACCAGACGUUUAUGAUUCAAGGAAGUACCUUUUCUCAAGUGAGGCAAUAUAUUACAUUAAAUGUUAAUAAAUGUGUGAACGGGACUUCUUCUGUAGUCUGAAAAACAACUGCCGAAAUAAACCAAAAGGUUAAAAAUAGUCAAUUCGUCUUUGGCUUUGCUACAAAAUUCUUUGACUUUGAUGAUUAUUAUAAUCCAAUAAAAAGCGCGUAUGAUACCCGAUUUGGAGCUUCCCUUGACCAAGGUUUUCACAAGAUGAAUGAAUAUCUGAUACAAAAAUCAGAAGUCUUUGAUGUAAACUAUUUCUUCCAAUUUGGGCAGAAUGUAGAGAGCGAGUUCUAUGUAGUUUCUGAAGAAAUAGCAGAUUUUGAAUCAACCGAUGGAACUGAUUCCAAACUUUUGACGCUUACUUUCAUCCAAGAUGCUCAAAUGGUAAAUUAUGAGAGGAUAAUUUUCUCAUUCUUUGAUGCCUUCAGUCAGAUAGGAGGAGUCUUUGGACUUCUUCUCCAAGUAGGAGCACUGGUAACAAAUAGUUUUAGCGAAAAAUACUUUCUUGCUUCCUUGUUUUCUUUUCUAUAUAUAUCAACUCAGAAAGAGAAGAUAGAGAGCAAAGGAAAUAAUAGAAAUGCAAUAGCUCCAACACUCAGGAGGUUUGAAACUCAAACAGAUAAAAUAAAGCCUUAUCAUAACGAGACUUUGAAAGAUUUUAAACACGAAAUAAAUAAUUCCUUCGUACAAAAUGCAAAUAAUUACAAAUAACGAUAGCUCAAAAUCUGUAAUCACUCGCUGCAUAAACCACCUCGAAUCCCUCAGAAGACUCUACUUCACAUCUUCUGAUUACCUCAAAACUCUAGUUCCUGUCUUCAGCAACAGAGCUAAGCAGCAGUUCAGCGAACACAGCCUCAAGUUCAGCCACGAGUGAGACAUCGUUGAAAUCAUCCACUCGAUGCGAGCAUUGAAGCUGAUGAUGAAGCUGGUGCUGAGCGAGCAUCAGCAGUUGCUCGUGAGCUUCAGCUCCAAAGGUUAUAAUGAGUGUUCACAAGUUCUCUCCCAAAACUUUAAUAAAAUUCCAACCCAAACUCCUAAUUUUAUUAAGGAAGCACAACUUAGAAUCGACACUCUAACUUGCAAACUUCAACAAAUAGAAAUCAACCAAGUUGAGAAAGACAUCCAAACGAUUAUCGGAAUCAAACCAGAAUUAGAGGAGGAUCUAAAGGUUCCAAACAACCGUCUCUCAGAAGAAGCUUCUAGAGUCCAAUUCAUAGAGGAAGAGGAACUGAAAGAGGAAGAGUAUAGCUUUAGACACAGGAACAAAGAUCUACAAUCGCAAUUUUAAUAUUUAGACAUUUUGGAGUUU